AGUUGACGGUAAACGGUCACAGCACACGGAGAUUAGGAGAGUUAUUGAAUCGAGCAACCCUUCGCGAUCGACACCGAUCCGUUUCAGUGACGCGACGACAUUAAAACGACCUGAGACGCGAUCAGCGGACCGACCCGCGACGCUCUUCCUGUUCCAGAAGUUUGUUUGUAUAAAGUCGAACAGAAGUUCAGAAACAUCAGAGACCAUCAUGACGAUCCCACGCACAAAAAACCCGAUUGACGAUGCGGUAAAAACGACGCGAGUGCGUUUCUGAACGCGUUCGGCCGCUUUUUGCGCACAGUUGAAUGCGCUUUUCCUGCUAUUCUUCUGAGAGCGCUUCCUGCUCGGCUAUAAAUACUGACAGCUCACAGAAGCUCAUAUGCCAUAGACCCCUUCAUGUUUGGGGAUGCUUCUGUCCUCGUGAAGGCAUCUUGGUAAGUCAGAAGGUCCACGUUUGUGUCUCUUUGAACGCUUUAUAGAAGCUGUUUUGGGAGGAUGUGGGCUGAAGUGUUCCUCAAGUGACCAUCCACCACUGUUCUGGUACAUGGAGUCACAUUGGACCAUUCAUUCAUAGUUGAAGGUCCACCUUUGCACUUUGAUGGAGAGUCCGAUGGAUCUGGAUGUGUGAUGGAGAUAUUCACCCAUGAUCCGGACAUACAGCGAUCUGAGGGCGAGAGGGGUCGUGACGGACCCACCUGCACUUGAUAAUCCACGUCCAAACGCAUCUGAUCGUAUUCAAGCCGCCUCGUGAGGCUCCAUGGAGCCUCUGAAGAACAUGUUCCCCUGGAAGAGUUUGGAUCGGACCCAGAAGGGGAACUUCACCAACCCCGUUUGGACCGCCUUGUUCGACUAUGAGGCCACGGGAAAGGAUGAGUUGACCCUUCGUAAAGGCGACCUGGUGGAGGUCCUGUCUCUGGAUUCUGAGAUAUCCGGGGACGAAGGAUGGUGGGCGGGCAAGGUCAACAACAAAGUGGGAAUCUUCCCCUCCAACUACGUCUCCUUCAAACCCAGCAGAUACGGGCAGCUUCCGGGUCCCGGGGUGGUCCAGGACUUGGGCCCAGCCGUGGUCAGCGAGUUCGAGAUGGUGGAUUUCAGUGAGUUGAGUCUGGAGGAGGUUAUCGGGGUUGGGGGUUUUGGGAAGGUCUACCGGGGCACCUGGAGGGGCGGGCUGGUGGCCGUCAAAGCGGCCCGUCAGGACCCGGACGAGGACAUCAGCGUCACGGCCCAGAACGUCCAUAACGAGGCGAGACUCUUCGCCAUGCUCCAACACCCCAACAUCAUCGCCUUCAAGGGCGUUUGCCUUCAGGAACCCAACCUGUGUCUGAUCAUGGAGUACGCGUCCGGUGGGGCGUUGAGCCGGGCUCUGGCCGGGUGUCGGAUCCCGCCCCACGUGCUGGUCAACUGGGCGGUCCAGAUCGCCCGAGGGAUGCUGUACCUCCACAGCGAGGCCAUCGUACCCGUGAUCCACCGAGACCUGAAGUCGAACAACAUCUUGUUGGCAGAGCCGGUGGAGCAGGACAGUAUUGAGGGCAAGACGCUGAAGAUCACAGAUUUUGGUCUGGCACGUGAGUGGCACAAAACCACUAAGAUGAGCACAGCGGGCACAUACGCCUGGAUGGCACCAGAGGUCAUCAAAUCAUCCACCUUCUCAAAGGGAAGCGACGUGUGGAGUUAUGGUGUGUUAUUGUGGGAGCUGUUGACGGGUGAAGUUCCCUACAGAGGGAUCGACGGUCUCGCUGUUGCUUAUGGAGUCGCUGUGAACAAACUGACGCUCCCGAUUCCCUCCACCUGCCCUGAACCCUUCGCUCAGCUCAUGUCCGAGUGCUGGGAUCAGGACCCUCACCGGCGGCCCAGUUUCAGGUGUAUUCUGGAUCAGUUGACUGCUCUGGAGGAGCAGGUGUUGUACGAGAUGCCUCCAGAUUCAUUUCACUCUCUUCAGGACGACUGGAAACACGAGAUCCAGAGCAUGUUUGAUGAGCUCAGGGCCAAAGAGAAGGAGUUGCGCUGUCGUGAGGAGGAGCUGAAGCGUGCGGCGCUGGAGCAGAAGUCUCACGAGGAGUUUCUCCGUCAGCGCGAGCAACAGCUAGUGCAGUGGGAACAGGACGUGUUCGAGCGGGAACUUUCACUCCUCAUCCUCCAUCUGAACCAGAACCACAAACCCAACGUGAAGAAACGCAAAGGGACGUUCAAGAAACACAAACUUAAAGUGAAGAAUGGAGAGAAGAUCAGUAUGCCGCAGGAUUUUAUCCACAAGAUCACAGUUCAGGCUUCGCCGGGUUUGGAGGAAAGACGGAAUUCUCCGGAUAUGGGCUCGCCAUCCAUCGGUCCACGCUUCCGUGCGAUACAACUGAGUCCCAGUGACAGCAGGUGGAGUUCAGUUUGGCCGUUGGAGACUCUUCCUGUCAAACAGAUUAAUGGGGAGAGGAGAUUCACUCCUCAUCCGAGUCCCAAAAGCCCCAAAAGUCCAAAGAUCCUGCGGCUCACACCGGAGAACAGUCUGUCAAUGAGAGCGAAGCUCUUGGACAUGGACAAUAAUGAAAAUGAAGAUUCGAGAGCAGAUUUUGAGGAAUACAGGCCGAUGACACCCGAAUACAAUCACAACGAGGGUUCUGAGAGUGAGGAAGGUGGUUUGACACCCUGCGGCUCUCCCAAACCGGAUCAGCCCGGACCGUCCUCUCUCGCUAAGAGCACACACGGCUCGCUGCUCAAUAGCGCCGCCCUGCUGGCGUCCAUUGCUCUGGGACGCUGUCUGGAGCCUCAGCACCCCCCCACGCCGCCCCCCCGGGCGUCCUCGAGGACUAACCUGUCCACACUAGAACCGGAUCGCUCUCCAGCCCGUCCCGCCGAACCCAACGUGGUGGACGAUUUGAUCACAUUCAGCACGGACUCGUUACCACAAGCAUUUUUGGGCACUUUGAAAACCCCGGAGAUUAAACUGUUACCGCUCAGCCCUCCGCCACCGAACCCGCGCGACAGAGACCGGUCAGGCUGCCGCACGCCGCAGCAUAGUCCCGGAGACUGGACGAUGUACACGAACGGACAGAUGGCCAAUGAGAAUUCAUAUCAGAGCGGGGAGCGGCGGAGGAGGUCGAGUAAUGGACUUCACUCUUCACAGCUGGUGUUGGAUCUGCCGUUGUGUCAAGACACUUUUGAGCCCGAGGACAAAUCUCCAAUGUCAUUCGCUCUCUAUCCAGACCCUCGACUGUGGAGCCCCAAAACACGGCGUCUUGAGGUCAACAUCGUCCCACGACCCCGCCCGUCCCCUAUCCGACCCCGCAUUGACCCAUGGAGUUUCGUAUCGGCUGGCGUGGUGGACAAACCUGAUGCCAAGAAAGCCACUUGUGCAAGCAGUCCCAUGAGCCCUCGACUGGGGUACCACCCCUCACCCACAAACCCCUUCACAAACUGUGACCCCUUCCCUUCCCCGGACUGUGACCCCUUCAAUCUAAAGCUCGAGCCUUCCAUGAACACGGACCACUUGUCCUUUGACCCCUUCUCCACCCCAUUCCUGACCUCACGCUCCGCCCCCUGUUCGACAAACGUAAGCCCCAAUCUAUCUCUCAGGGUGGCCCCUCUAAAGCCGGUGGACUCGCCGCUCAUAGACUUUGGACGUGUGGGUGUCAACAAACCGCUAGAUGUCCCCAAAGAACGAGUCCACACGCGCCAAACUCUCGGGCUCAGCCCCUUCCGCUCGCCAGCACUGCUGAGAGACGACAGGUUCUAAACGUGAAGUCCAGAAACAUCCUCUACACAAGUUAGCAAACGCACAGGCUUGGCCAACGCAUUGCAAGCGCGCGAUCUCGCCGUACAAACCUGACAUGCGUUUUUGUGUUGCUGUGGCGGUAACAAACUUCAGUGCGUUUCCUUUAAAUGUCUGUCACUAAACCAGAUUAUUCAGGAAGCUGCUAUUAGCAUGUCGACAGUUUAACAAACAUUAACUAGCUCAGCAAGAUCCUCUUCAAACCGUUGACCUGAGAGAGAAAUCUGACAAUUUAAGCUAAUGUCCGCUGUAGCGCCCCUAGUGGCAAUGCGAUAUGUACUUGCGUUGCAUUAUAAAUUGCGCUCUGACACAUUUCAAAACACAACAACAUGUAAAACUGAUCUUGCGUGAAGCGCCUGCAUUGACAUGCUUGUGUAAAGUAUGUUUCGGGAUAACGCAGAGGCGCCUGCUUAUUUUAGCUUCCAUAAACGGACCCUAGCAAGGGUUCACUCUCUUUGCUUCAGUGUUUGGGAUCAUUGAAUUUCCUCACGAAAUGUAAAACCAAAAGAUGUCAAUUUGGAUAUCAUCGAGAUUUCGUUUGAUGGAGCUCCUCGACAAACGCAGAUGGGUUUUGGCAUUCCAAACAUGGGAUUAUUCCACACAUCUGUCCAACUCCUCAUUCCCAGUGAACUUAUUUCAGCACCACAAGACAUGAAAUCACUGCUUUUCUUUGAACUUCCUGUCUGACAUCACUUCCUCUGGGUUCUUAAAGGUGUUGUGAGAGAUUCGGAUGUUAAAAUGCUUUUUCACAUUCGUGUAUUGGCUGAAUCCCUUGAAAAGCAACAUGACAUGUCAACUUCUGACUCCACCAAUGCCGUGAGCUUUUUGGGCGGGACUAUCUGUUUUUUCCACCAAUGGUGGAUGGGGAGUGUGUUUGGGAAACUGUUUGAAAAACAUUAUUUUUUGUUAAUCUGCUUGGUGGUGCAGAAAUGACACAUUUCACCUUUAGUUUAAGUGCUCAAAUGAUCUUAUAUUAUUACUGACCCAGGAGAAUUCAGCACUUAGUCCAUAAGCGUGCCAAAAUAAGCCUCCGUUCAUGUCAAGCCUUACGUCAGAGCACUCGUAUCACAAGCCGUUUGGACAUUUAAUGAUGUGCCGGAUAUAUCGUUUUAAUUAGAUUCAAUUGUCAGUAGUUAAAAUGCUCAUUUUUAUUCCAGUAAUUAGUAAAAACUUCAUCAUUACUCGUGGAAAUACACAUUCUCGAUGUCCAAAAUGAAAUUUCACCUAAUAAAAAACAUAAUUAUUGAUAUCUGUAAUUGCAUUUUCACUAGUAGAACCAAUGUACUUAUUUCUAGUGAAAAUUAAUAUUAUUUUAAUAUUAUUAUACACCAGACGGUGUAUCAAAAACCAAUAACAUUGGUACUAAUGCAAAUGUUUAUUCCUGAUAUCAAUAAUAGAAUUACAACUAGUAAAAAGGCCCUAUAGAAAAAAACUAUCUGUAAUUUGGUUUUCACUAGUGGCAAUGCUAAUGUCAGAUGUCUGUAAUGGGAUUGUAACAUGGAUGUGAACUCAGGAGAGGACAAAGGUGGGAAACUCACAGCAGGUGUUUAUUUCAGUGUAACACCUUUAAGUGAUUUUAAUAAGGAAAAUGUAAAACGUUUUAAAGAACAAUUUGGGCAAAUUAUCUUCAAAGGGGAGUGUUUGCAUCCUUGAAGCCUUUUUUAAAUCUUUAAUUACUCUUUAAUUUAUUGAUGUUGGAAAUGUAUUUCUAGAUAUCUGAAAUACCAAAUCUUCUAAACUAGCAUCACUAGUUAUCAAUAAUUGUUUAUUAUUAGUUGAGGGGUGUUUUCCUAGGAAAAGGUUCCAUAUAGAACCCAUAAGGGUUCUAUUGCUCGCUUCAUAUUUGGAACCCCUAAAAGGUUCUAAGGUCCAAGUGAAAAGGUUCUGUAUAGAACCCAUAUGGGUUAUAUAUAGAAGAUUUAUAAAAAAAAUUCUAUAUGGAACCUUUUAGGGGUUUCCAACAUGGAAUCGUAACAUUUGGUUUUUGUCUAGUUUUUAAAUGUAGUGUUUGUUUUAUAACCAGAAUAACAUUUAAUAGAUGUGUGAAUUAGAAAGUUCAUAUUCAAAAAGGGUUCUUUAUUUGUAAACUUUGUUAAUGGAACCUUUUUUGCAUAAAGGGGUAUUUUGAGCUGAGUAAAGAACCCUAGGGUUCUCUAUAGAACCCCACAGAACCAGAGUGUAUUUAUAUCAAGAAGAAGCAUUUCAUUAGCAGUUAUUCCAGUGCUGAUAUCAAGAAUGAACAUUUCAACUAGUGAAAAUGUAAUUGUAGAUGUCUAUGUCUCUGGUACAUUUUUAAAUGCUGAAAAGGCUUGUGAUAGUGCAAUUUGGUGUUUGUGUUCAGUUCCUGAAGUUUCCAGCAUUCCUUUAGUGUACAAAAAUAUCUCUGAGAAUCCAAAGUCUGAAUAUAUGAUUAUCUAAGAGAGUUCUUGAGUUCUUUAGAGAGGAAGUACUGACGUCCCCCUGGUGGACGGUGUGUGCGCUGCACCCUGACUCUCAUCUCUGACAUUUUAUUCCCAACAAUGAAAUUCCUUUGAGAGGCGAGCCGGGUUCGGUAGACAUUUUCACCAUAACAAUGGCCUUCUUUGGCAUUCGGCUGUCAACAUACCCUGAGAUUUCUGCUGCACCAACUCUUAUAAAAGUAUUGAGAAUAUUCCUCUGAACAUUUUAGCUGCUGCGUCAUUCCACUUCCUCUGUAACCAGAUUCCCAUAUUUCAGCAGGAACCAAACGGUGCAGUUACACACUGGAGUUAGUGUUAAAGGUUUAGUUCAGGUAGUGAUGCUUGUACAAACACUGCUAAUUCUUCUGCUCCGAGCACGUCACAUAUCGCUGGAUUGAACACAUCUGUGUGUGUCUAAAGCCCGUCGGAUACAUCACUGGAGGUUCAACAGAUUAUUAGAUUUAAGACUUGACAAUCAUGAAAUGUCUAGAAAUAGCCCAACGAGCCGAUUUGAGCUGUUCUCCCGUCAGCUGGCGUGUUUUGGUGCCAUUUCUGAAUUGUAAACAGCGGGUGUUCAUGUUGGCACGGAGUAUAAGAUCACCAUCUGCUUGCCAACACUGAAAUAACAACAUUUCUGAAUGAAUAGAAUAUGAGACGUUGGCACUAGCUGUCGUGGAUGAUUCACGGGUCACACCACUGAAACAUUCUGACUAACGGUCGACCAAUGCGGGUCUUCACGGCUGAUGCUGAUAUCUCGAGUACGGAAGCCCUGAACUGCAGCGUGAAAACAAUCAGUGGCUGAAGAAAAUGUUUUUUGGUGUCUAGUGCCCUACAAUAAAGAGAAACUCAUCAUCUCUCUCAAAAACAUUAUAUAUUAGUUUCCUUGAUGAAGAUGUGCAAAACUUUCUUGUUAUUGUGUUGAACUAUUAAAUCAACAGAUCAAUCACAGCUGUCACCUUGUAAGAAGAGUUCAUGCUUACUGAUAGUGCCACCUGGUGGCUGAAGUUGGCAUCACUUGCUAAUUGAUAGCUAGCAAUUCUCAUGUUAAAAACUUUAUUUUUUGAGAAAUUUCUUUUAUAAAAAAAAAUGUAGGAGAGAAGAAAACCUGUAGAGAUGUUUUUGUUUUUGUAGGACGGGCUCAGGGAGACACGAGACACUCAUCACAUACUGAAUUAUUAUUUCAUGUGCACUUCAGGGCUUCCGUACUAGAGAGGAGGAUGACGACACAAAUCUGAUCUAGUGGUUUCAGCGGGUUGUCGUUUGUCGUGUUUCGUACUGUAUGAAAAUAAAGCUAUAGAUAUUUAUUGAGGCCUGUGAAACACUGGACGCUCACAAACACAUUCCACGUUAGGAUGCUUCAUUAUUAUUAUUAUAAGAAACAUUAUUCAUGUUUUACUCCAUUGGAGUUUUGGGUGCUGAAGCCAAAAGAAACAAACUGAAUAUCUUCUGUCCCGUCACAGAGUUUAACUGUUGACUGUAACAGUUUCAACAGUCACGUGUGACACGUGAUAUAUCUUUGGAACACAUUUGCGUGAUUGAACAAAUGAAUUCGUUGAUUUAUUUAUAUGUGGUCAAUGACGUCAUGCUAAUGUUUUUGUCCACGUCUAAUAAAUUAUUCCAAAAUACAUAAAUGUAAUUCACACAAAGCAAAUCCUCUGUGAUUCGCAUAUUUUCAGUUAAUUACUUCAAAGUCAUUUUGAUAUUUUUCUGGGUUUAUAAAGUCUAAAUUGUCAUGUGGUGUAACAGAGACAGGAACGUUUCUAUUCAAUUAAAGUCUCAUCUGACAGAAGUGUUGCACGAGUCAUCUUUUAUUAUUACUUCUCAAGAAAAUAAGCACUGAAUCUUUAUUUUAAUGUACAAAUAUAAUGCACAUUUGCUUCAGGUCACUUGAUAAAACAUCCUGAUAUUCUUCACUUAAACACGUUUAAACUAUUGAAAUGUCACUUCUAUUAAAUGAAUGGGGGAAAUUAGACAGGAAGUCCCGCCUUACAGGUAACAGAGCCAAUCACGUUUUAGAUGCAGACAUCACCUGUCAAUCACCUCGAGUACGUGCGUCAUCGACACAAGAUGAGGAAAUGGUGUUUUUAGCAUCAUCUGAGGUAAAGAAGCACCUUUAAUGAUUCCUGUGUUGUCAGAUUUCACUGCUGAUUUUAGAUUGGACAAGCCGUGAUUGAGAUGUUGGUAGAUAAGAACUGCAUGGGCAUGACAGGAAAGAUCCUCUGGAGAGUGUGAAAUAUGAGCUGCUGUUAUAUUCUGACCUGCUGUUCUCAUGCUAAAGGGAUUAUUAGAUUAUUAAUCUUUAUUAGUACAGGAGUGUGUCCACUAGGUGUCGCUGUCAGUUUAAAGCGCUUGUUUCACUUCACAUGAUGUUAUGCUUUAUGUCUGAUCUCAGAUCAGUUUCUGAUGAUUAUUUCUGAACACACAGAAUCAGCUGACAGAUGUACAUUAAUUUGACUUGUUUAUUGUGGAUUAUAUUUGAAUGAUGCGUUCUGAUCAAUAGUUUAUUCAUCAGUAUCAGGUUUGGGUGCUUUAGGUCAAACUGUAAUGUAGGAAACUUAUCUAAGAUGUCAUCAAUAUUUAUCAGUCGUAUUUGACAUGCAGAAUCACAGAAGGAAACACUGAUGACAAUAAACGCCAUUAUUAUUAUUAUAACUUAUUUGAAUAAACAAUAAUCGGCACUAUACAUUUACACAUAUAAUUUACUGAAUGUGUUUGAAUUGCACGAACACACACACACACACACACACACACACAUAUGUUGUGUUUCCAUGUUUUAUGGGGACUUUCCAUAGACAUAAUGGUCUUUAUACUGUACAAACUUUAUAUUCUAUCCCCUAAACCUAACCCUACCCCUAAACCUAACCCUCACAGAAAACUUUCUGCAUUUUUACAUUUUCCAAAAACAUAAUUUAGUAUGAUUUAUAAGCUGUUUUCCUCAUGGGGACCGACAAAAUGUCCCCACAAGGUCAAAAAUUUCGGGUUUUACUAUCCUUAUGGGGACAUUUGGUCCCCACAAAGUGAUAAAUACACGCUCACACACACACACUCACACACACACACACACACACACACACACACACACACACACACACACACACACACACACACUCUCUCACACACACACACACACACACACUC